AUGACACUUGCCCCACUGCAAAGGCGAGCCGUUCUUAAGCUGGAGGAUGAUAUACUUGAACAGCAUCUAGAAGUCUCACAAACAUCAUAUUUGUCAUCACUUACUAUUAAUCCCAAGAAACUUGUUGGAGCUUCUGUUAACCCUAUGCGAGCGAAAUUGUACCAGUUCCACGAUAACUAUCGCCCGCCGUACUAUGGGACUUGGCGCACUCGUAGCAAAGUCAUCACAGGUCGGCGUCCAUUCUCACAUAAGGAGGAGAAAAUUGAUUAUGAGGUCGACUCUGACGCUGAGUGGGAGGAGGAACCAUCAGAUGCCGAUGAGUGCAAGUCGGAUGAAGAGGUACUCAUAUUUCGCAAUAUUUUCACUGUUUCCAUUUCGCAGCUUUCAUCAAAGCUCUUUGUGAGCUUAGUUAUUAUGUGCUCUUACAACCUCCCCCUUCAGCAGCUUUAA